AUGUUCAAAAGUGAAGAUAAAGUUGCCGAAGUGUUGCGAACAAUAGGAGGAAAUGUUGAUAGAAAUUCGGAUCCGAUAUUGGUGGAUCCUCCUGUGAUGAACACUAAUGCACCUUCGGCUACUUCGAGUACUAAUAAUGAUGCUAUGAUCAACGUGACUAGUACAGGUCCAUCGGCACAGACCGGUGCGACGACAUCAACAUCAACGACUAAUAACUCUAGCGCCAUGCCUAACAUCCAGACGACUUCUUCAACAAGCUCUCCGGUUGUAGUAUCUACGGCUUCUAGUGAGUCUAUUCUUCCUGCUAGGACGAAGCGACUCUUUGUGCCCGUUCCUGAGAAGUUUGCUAAUAAGCCAACGGACAAUAUACGUGACUGGUUCGAAGCUUAUGAGCUCUAUACCUACGGUAAUCUCUAUGAUGAUCGUGCUCGUGCCCGUUUCCUGGGUGCAUUCCUUACUGGUGACUCUGCUAAUGUGUGGAAGACUCAGUGCUCUAAGGUUAAUUACGAAGCUGACAAGGCAAUUCUCAUUAAGACUUUUGAGAAGUGUCGACUUCCUGAUGAAGCUUGGAGUCGGUUUGAUAACUACCAGUGGGAUCGCAUCCAACCAUUGUCGGUUUAUGCAGCUGCCCUGUCACGAUACUUGAACGAGUACAACGACUUGCUGAAGCCUGAUUGUCGACUUUCACUACCUGCCAGAGAGACUCUUUUGGUUGAGAAGUUAUCUAAGUUGGCUACAGGCGCGGCGAAGGCUGAGAUUCGUCGGGCCCGUCCUCGGAGUGCUGCCGAUGUUUGUGACCUUUUGGGUGCCUACGUUGACAACAGUGAUCAGACUGGUAUUAAUGCUGUCCGUUCUAUAGAACCUAAGUUAGAUGCCAGCAUUGAGAUGUUAUCCAAGCUACUUGGUGCCUUUGAGGGUGCCCAGUCGCGACAAGUUGAGCAGUUUGAUCGACUCUGCGCCGUUUUGGGUAAUCCACAGCCAAAAGGCCAACCUAAUGGACAAGCAGUACAAAAUGGUCAACAACGACGACGAGGUGUUCGUAGAUGUGGUAUUUGUUCUGGCCCUCAUCUAACUCUGGAGUGCUUCCACAAGAAGUUUACUGUUGGUUGUGCUAUUUGUGGGAACACUGAGCACUUCGCCCGUAAUUGCCCGUUGCGUACUACCUUCUUGGCUGGUCUUCAAGGCAACGGUAGUAACGUUUACUCCGACUUCGUGCCGCGGGCCGGUAGUAACUGUAUGGUUGAAGGUUAUGUCCGUUUGGUUGGUACUCGUGACCCUCUGGUGGGUCGGUAUCGUGAACCUCUACCGGAACCUGAUGCAAGGAGUGUGAGUGUGUCGUUGCCCUUCGCUCUACUUGGAGCAACUGGUUCUGCGGGUGUACUACCCGUCCCUCCGACUAUCUGCCCUAGUGAAGCACAGGGUGUAUGUACCCGUAAUGCUUCUACCCAGACUACUGGUAUGAUUGAUGAGUCUGUUCAAACGGUACCAUCCACAUCUAGCACAAGUUCUUCGGAGAUUGUCCCCAAGAACCCCGUUCGUUGUGCUAGAACUUGUGAAAGUCCGCCUGAUGUUGUGAUUGGUAAUGGAGCUAGUUCUCUAUACUCUCUUUGCCGAUACUCUGAUGAUGUUUAUUCUCACCUUGGUUUUGGUGAUGGUGAUGGUGAUGACAGUCCUUCCCUGGCUCAGCGUAGGGUUUUUGCUGAUGCUGGGACUCCUAUCUGUUUGCUGCAACCCCCUGAUCCGUAUGAGUUUUAUGAUGACCCUAAGAAGGGCGGACAUACUGGUUUCGAACAAUGGCCUGCAGAAGACCAAGAGAUCUAUGAUGAGUUCGAGAACGAUGACAUAGGUGGUAAUUUGGAUGACUAUGCGAUCCCAUUACUGCCCGGUCCUGAGGAACCGGAUACCGUAUUACCCAAGUUACCAGUGUCUGACCGUCCCGAACUUUGCCCUAUUCAAGAUCUCUGUAACGAGUUCUCUGAGUUGUUCAACAACAAGAUCGGGUUUUGUCCGUUGGUCACUCAUGAUAUAAAGACCUUCGAUGAGCAGCCGAUGGCUCAGCGUCCGAGACGUGUACCUCAUAAAUGGCAAGCUGACAUACGAGGCCAGAUUGAUGAUAUGCUGAGAGAAGGGAUUAUUCGGCCAAGUAUGAGUCCGUGGCGUUCACCUUGUGUCUACGUUAAGAAGAAGACUGGUGGUGUCCGUAUCUGCGUGGACUAUCGUGAACUGAACCGUCGGUCCCACAUGUCCGCUUAUCCCCUUCCUCGCCCUGACUUCGUACAGGAUGACUUGAAAGGUGCCCGUUUCUUUACAUCUCUGGACCUGAAGUCUGGUUACUGGCAAGUACCCGUCUCUGCUGCUGACAUCCCGAAGACCGCUUUCUGUCCGGGGAAUGGCUUUCCCCUCUAUGAGUUUCUGCGUAUGCCGUUUGGUCUACAUGAUGCGCCAGCUACUUUCCAGAAACUCAUGGAGGACAUCCUAGGCGACCUACCAUUCGUCAAGAUCUAUCUUGAUGAUAUUUUGAUUUUCUCACCGGACAUGGAGACUCAUGUUCGGCACCUUCGUGUGGUCUUCGAGAGGUUGUCCGCUGCGAAGGUAACUUUGGGUGCUACUAAAUGUGACUUUGCUAUGGAGGAGAUAUCUUAUUUGGGCCAUAUCUAUGACAAGUUUGGUAUGCGUCCCGAUCCUGAUCGUGUCCGUUGUAUAAUGGAAUGGCCAUUACCUGAGACAGUGCGUGAUGUGAGACGGUUUAUGGGACUGGUUGGCUAUUACCGCUCUUUCAUUCCACGUUUCACGGCCAUGGCCAAGCCAGUGCAGGAUCUGGUCAGCUUGUGUGCCGACCAACCCGACACUAUUCGCCUACAUUGGAAAGAAGAUCAACAGCGUUCCUUUGAGGCCCUUCGUUCGGCCCUGGCCGGUUUGCCCGCUCUCGCCUACCCUGACUUUGACGCCCCUUUCCAGUUAUGUUGUGAUGCAAGUGACUUUGCUAUUGGUUCUGUCUUGGAACAAGAACAUCGUCCGCUAGCGUUCUUUUCCCAAGUUCUUACGGGUGCUCAGCUUCGGUGGCACACGUAUGAGAAAGAAGGUUAUGCACUGGUCCGUUCGCUGGAGAAAUUUCGUCACUACUUACUGGAUACUCCGUUCAAGGUCACGGUAUUCUCUGAUCAUCGGCCCUUACAACAGUUGGCUAAGUCGAAGUCCCCACGAGUUGAACGUUGGUUACUGGCUAUGCAAAACUUCCGCUUUGAAGUCCGUUACAAAGAAGGUGUUAAGAAUAUUAAUGCCGACGCCUUGUCCCGACCACAACUGCAAGUUGAAUCCAAGACCCCUAUUCCUACUAAGACUUGUCCCGUCCGUUCAAAUCUCGAGGUUGUUCCUCCAGAUUCUGUGGUGGUUGCAGAAGAUCCGGAACUGUCAGGCUUGUUACCUGACACUAUGAAAGACCCCCUGAUUGCCACAGUGGUUUUAUGUCCGUUAUGGUCAUGGGAUAAACUUCGAGAAGCUCAAGAACAAGACCAUGUGGUUUGUGAAGUUCGCGAUCGAGUCUUAGUGGAUGCUCCUUUGGGUCGCAAGGAAUUCACUUCUCGUCUAUAUAUGCCCUAUAGGCGUAUUUGGUCGGUCCUGGAUGUCUGUGAAGGUGUUCUCGUUCGCCUUUUGAAGACAGACCCACUUGCUCCCAUCCGUUGUGUAGCCAUCGUUCCUACUGCGUUGAGAGGCGAAGCUGUAGCCUACUUCCACGAUGAGAAGGGUCACUUUGCGGAGAAACGGAUGCUGGAGAAUAUGAAACCGGUGGUUUAUUGGCCUAAUAUGCAUGUCGAUAUUAAUGAGUACCUACAGAAGUGCCCUGGUUGUCUUGCUGCCCGUGCUGGUCGUCCGACUCCAUCUCCUUUGGUACCGGUACCGGUUGGAAGGCCAUGGCAUACCUUGGCUGUUGACUACUUGGAGAUCACGCCUGCGGUUAACGGUAAAAAGUAUUUGCUAGUCUUGCAAGACUACUUUACUAAGUGGGCUGAAGCUUACCCGUUAGAGCGUGCUACGGUAGAAGAGACUUUACCUCAUCUCUUAAACCUCUUCUCUAAGUUCGGCCCGCCUGUCCGUAUUCACUCUGAUCAAGGUGCCCAGUUUGAGUCUGUUCUCUUUAAUCGGGUUAUGGAAGCUUUGGGUAUUAAGCGAUCCCGCUCGUCCGUUUACCACCCUCAAGGUAAUGGACUGGUAGAGCGAUUUAAUCGUUCGUUGCUGGAUAUGCUACGUCGUCAUAUUGGGAUCCCUGAUUGGGUCUCCCAUUUGCCUGCGUUACUUUGGGUUUACAAUACUUCUAUACACUCGGUUACUGGGUUCAGCCCCUAUAAGUUGAUCUUUGCUCGUGAUCCUCCCUCGGAUUUCUUGCCUAUGCCAAUGGCUGCCACAGAUCUCAUGUUUGACCCUGCUACCUAUGAGGCCUAUACUGAUGCUGUCCGUGCUUACUUAAUGGAUCAGGUCGAUAUGGCUAUUACUCAAGCAGCGGGUAAUGCUAAGCGGCAUUAUGAUCAGAACCUUGUCCCGCAAGGAUUCUUUGUUGGUGCCCGUGUUCUGCUACGGCUGAUGAAGCAUCAGAGACCUACUAAGCUCUCCCCUAUGUGGGAGCCUAAUUGGUUUAUUACUCAGAUCAUAGGCUCUACUGAUCCUAUCAAGGUUGUCCGCUUAUUUCAUCUUCCGACAAGACGGGUUAAGGUUCUAAGUGUUGAUCAUAUCAAGGUUGAUCCUCUUCAACCGGAUAACAUCGAGGAGAUUAUGCAAGAGUUUCCUCCACCUCCUCGUGAUCCUCGUGAACCUACCCCGCCUAGUAUUCAUGGUUCUGUUAUAGUCUCCUCUGAUGGACUUCCUCCAGAGCAACCCCACGUCCGUUUUGAAGGGUUAAUUGGUGCAAAUGAUGCAGUCUUUGCACCACCAAGGCCUCAACAACCUGUUGUUCGUCUGGGUAAUCUCAUUGGUGGAGAACAACGGUCAACUUUACAAGUUGGUCCUCAACGUCCUAAUUGGCAAGGACUUGACUCGUUUCGCCCGCAAGUUGUGGUAACUGGUCCUCCACAAGUUGCUCCUGCGUAUGUUACAGCUCCAGAAGUUCGCCAAGAACAGGCUCAACGUGAUGAUAACGGUCCUACCAUCGAAUUGGUUCCGACCUCGCCUAGUCCAGCAUCAGUGGUAGCUCCUGCUGGUCACCAAGCAUUAUCACCUGCUGAUCCUCCCUUGGCGCCCGUUCCUUCGGGUGGUACUACAAGUCAACCACCUCCUGUAAGCCCUCAGGAUAUUGGCCCUGCUAGUGUCCAGUCUGACAUUCAAGGCCACUCUCCGGUUGCCUCUACUCCUGUCGGUUCGUCUGUUCAACUUACUUCCCCGGACUCGGUUUGUAUUCCUAGUUCACCGGCCACUGCUAAUAAUGAUGUUAGCAAUGAGCAAGUUUCGGAAGUAACGCCCCUCACGACCCCUAACUUGUCUAUGAUGGAUGCCCGUUCUGCCCCAUCAUCGCCGUCUCAAACGUCAUCUGUUGACUCUGAGCAAGACUCAAUGUCAGUUGCUUCUAACCGGGACUCUACUGUCCCUGAUGUGGCCUCAGAUGUAGACGAGUCCGUUCCCGAGGAAGAAGUGUCUGCUCCCCGAGUGCUAUCUCUGAGACUACUUUUACAUGGAGCUCCUAUCGUUAUCUUAUUCUAUGAUCUGUUGGCCAACGCUUACUUCAAGCUCAACUUGCCAUGGUUGUAUGGUUUGGUUUCAUGGUGCGUGACUUAUUUCUAUGGCGUGCGCGCCUUAUUAUGGCGCGUGAAGUAUCGCCCGUUUCUUUUGGUUAGAGUUAUGAUUAUCGGUACCCACGUCAUGUUGAUCUUCCCUUAUUCAUUUGAGGACGUGUAUGUCGAGGCCCUCUUGGCCUCCCCUAUGCCCAAGAAGCUGAAGAAGAGAAUUAAUUAUGAAUGA